AUUUUGUUGGCGUAUUGGAGUUGCAGUCUUCUUCAACCUUCUAGUGUGUGGCGCACAAGUACGGUAGUCGACGUAUCCCAAUACUUGCAAUAUGGGCAGCAACCAAAGCAACACCUCUAAAGUGAUUGGAUACACAUCUGCGUGGGUGGAGUUUGAGGACGACUGGUUCGAUCAAGGGGCCUCAAGGUAUGCCUACAAGGGUACAUUUCACGGAGAGCCUCACUUGGAAGGGAAACCCUGCGUGGUGAAAGUCUAUAAAGAAGAGUGGUAUGAACGUAUGUCGGAAUAUGCCUGGAAAGCAGAUGACCGUGCUUAUUGCAAAGCUCACGAUAUGGCGCGGUUGUUUAACAUUAGGUAUAAUACGAGCAAACCAAUCGAGUUCGUUAAACCUGAAUUCACCCAAGUUGACACCCGUGCCGCCUAUAAUUUCCUGGGCUUCAUUCCAUUUGAACGAAAUGUCAAAGGAAAACUUCCUGGCACCUCCGACAGCGUUUCCAAUAUUAUCCCCGCAAACGCUACUCUCGCUGUCGAGAGGUACCUUGAGGGGGAUUAUGUCAAAUUUAACAACAACUCGGGAUACUUAGCCCGAGAAGAUAUCGCCACCCCGGCUGCAUUCAGUCAUUUCACAUAUCAUGAAUCCAACGGCACGGCUUUGGUUUGUGAUUUGCAAGGGGUGCGCAGUCGUGCCGGGUACAAGUUCACUGACCCGGCUGUUAGCAGCAGCGGCACGCAACUCGGUUUCUACGGCUCUACUGAUUUAGGGAUUUGUGGUAUUGUUAAGUUCUUUAAGAACCACAGAUGCAAUGAGCUGUGUAAAGGGCUAAAGAAACCAAAAAUUACCAACUUGUCACUCGGUGAGAGGGUUGUUUUGGCUAAAAUCGUAGACAAUAUGCCUUCUCAUAGUGCUUCAACGCACACUUAUCAAUUAAGUUUGUCCUCUGGUGUAUCCACCAGGGAUAUCAACAGAAUUCAAAACAACAUAAGGCUAGAAGCAGUCUCUGAAGAACCAGUUUAGUCCAAGCAAAAACCAGUUCAGCCCAGUGAACAACCAGUACAGCAACAAGACCCACAACAGUGUGUUUGUUCUUAAACACAUUCAUGUGGCUUUUACUGGUCUUUUUAAUGUUUUUAUUUUACAUAUAGGCCUAGGCCCCAUCUAAAGAUGCAGGCCAACUGUCCGUGCUCUCAUACAUCCUUUCCUCACAAAUUUAGAUUUUUGGGUGCUUUACGUUCACAAAAAUAACUGGUGAUUUUAUAUUUUCCGUGAUGGCGUCUACCACCUUCUAAAAGGCUUUUAUUCCGUGAACUUUUGUAGACGGAUCCGCAAGCCUCACGGUGCCCUUCUUCACAAAUAUAGGUCUUUUUUGUAAUUACGGUUUUGAAAAUCGAGAUAAGGAAAUUAUCGGUUUUCCAAUCGCCAAAUUACAGCCAUUUAUUGGUUUAUAUGAUGUGAAACUGGUGCGAUUUUUCAGCAGAAAUACAGCGUUUGCUUACCUAAAACCACCAAACUAGAUAGAUGCAUUUCAUUGAAAUAAUCCAACUGCACAACAAAAAUAUAGGUUUUUAUACGUAAUAUAGCUUUAAUACUUAAAUAUAACUUACGCUCCCAGUUAAAAUACAUUUUUUUUUUAUAGGUUUACGUGUUUUGCUGUGGCUGGAUCCGUUCCUCAUCCUUAACAUUAUAGGUAGAAAAUUGCUCGAUAUUUGAUUGUGGACCAAAUUUCCGCAAGAGUUCUUAUUCAAAAGUGAAUUACUUUUGCAUUAGUACAACAAUUAAGACAAGACUAAAAAAGCACUGACAAUAAUGUUGUGGUUUAGAACAAACUC